UCUCAUUUUCACGGUAGCCAAGCAUGGGCUGACCCAGUUUUCCCAUCACCACCACUGUAACCUGAUUAGGCUCAAGGUACCCAAGCAUACGCGCAAUUGCAAAUUUGAAAUUAUUAAAUUAUUCAGAAUAAACAUAAAGGGUAUGCGAAAGUACCUCUCUCAGCUUUCAUUUCACCAUCUUCUUUCUUCCUAUCUUCUUCGUAAUAAUUUAUUCCCAUCAUUCCCUGUUUUUCACGUCUAUCUUCUUUCAAUUAUUCAAUCAUUAAAUCAAAAUAAUCUCCCCCAUUCGUUGUUUUGAUUCGCUUCUUUCUCAUAUCCCGUUCAUUCUGUAACAUUCCCUUAUUGUAUCAAAAUUUAAUUCAAACUCUUGAUUACAGAUAGCAAAUGACAUCAGAUCAUAGGGUUUUUAAUUGAAAAAUUAUGAUACCUUAAUACUGAUUUCAUCCUCUCUCUCAUAAUAUCACGCUGUUUUUGUCUUUGUUAAUUUUUUUAUAGCAAAUGGGUUCUGUCUAUUGCUGGUAAUCGAUUGAUUCUCCUGAAUAGAAAAUAAUGAGAAACGGGUAGCUUUUGACAUUGUUAUUCUGUCAUUGAGUUCUAAAGAAUAGUGGGUUUAAUUUAUUUUCAAUUCAAGUUGAGCUUUUUACAUUUGUUCUUGGAGAAAUGAGGCUUCUUAUUCGUGUAAUGGAGGCAAGAAAUUUGCCAGCAACGGAUUCAAAUGGGUUAAGUGAUACGUAUGUGAAAGUGCAGCUGGGAAAGCAGAAGUUCAAGACCAAAGUUGUAAAGAAGAACUUGAAUCCAAAUUGGGGAGAGGAAUUCAGUUUACGGGUUGAGGACAUGAACGAGGAGGUUCUAAUCUCUGUGUUAGAUGAGGACAAGUACUUCAAUGAUGACUUUGUUGGGCAGCUUAAAGUGCCAGUCUCGCUAAUUUUUGACGCGGAUAAUAAGUCUCUUGGUACUGCUUGGUAUGCUCUGCAACCUAAAAACAAAAAAUCCAAGAUCAAGGACUGUGGUGAGAUUCUUUUAGGCAUAUGUUUUUCUCAAAACAAUUUGUUUGUUGAUUUGAACAAUAAUGGUGAUCAAGCAUCACAAUUGAUGAAGAAUGCAGAUGUAAUCACAGGAGUUCCAUCUAGGCCAUGUGGUGGUCUCUCAAGCUCAUCCUCUUCAGGGAGAUUUGAGGAACUUGCACCCCCUAAAGAGGAGAAGUCCUGUUCACAAAAAAAAUUUGCCGUCAGAAUUGUUCAAAUGUUCAAUAAAAAUUCAGAUACAGCAUCAUUUGCGAGUAAUAGAGGACUUGACAAUACGGGUCUACCUGAAACUGCUGAACCUGAAGCUUGUGAUGAUGAGUCAGAUGAUCCUUCCUCUCCUGGUGACUUUGUAGAAGUAAUGAGAGAAAUGGAAUCUAAAGAUACAGGAAAUGAAAUUCCAAGCAAUCUACCAGGAGGUGUCCUUGUAGACCAAUUUUAUAUAAUUGCUCCCCAAGAUUUAAAUUCUCUGCUUUUUUCACCUGAUUCAAGUUUUCCAAGGUCAUUAGCAGAUCUACAGGGGAAUACAGAACAGGAAUUUGGUCCAUGGAGAUUUGAGAGUGAUGGUGAGACCUUGAAAAGAGUAGUUACUUAUAUCAAGGCUGCAACCAAAUUAAUUAAGGCUGUGAAGGCCACUGAGGAACAGACAUAUGUGAAAGCUGAUGGGAAGGUUUUUGCUGUUUUAUUGAGCGUGAGCACUCCAGAUGUUAUGUAUGGAAGCACCUUUAAAACUGAAUUGCUUUACUGCAUUACUCCGGGCCCUGAGAUGCCUUUAGGAGAACAAACUUCACAUUUGGUAAUAUCCUGGAGAAUGAAUUUUUUGCAGAGUACCAUGAUGAAAGGAAUGAUAGAAAGUGGAGCCAGACAAGGCCUAAAAGAUAGCUUUGAACAGUUUGCGUCUACAUUAUCCCAAAAUGUUAAGCCAGUUGAUGUGAAGGACAUAGGAUCCACUAAGGAACAGGUUUUGGCUUCAUUGGAGGCAGAACCCCAGUCAGACUGGAAACUGGCUGUACAAUAUUUUGCUAACUUUACUGUAGUUUCCACAUUUUUUAUUGGAUUGUAUGCACUUGUCCACAUCUGGAGAUGCCCCCUCAGCCCAAUUCAAGGGCUAGAGUUUGUGGGACUUGACUUACCAGAUUCAAUUGGUGAACUCAUUGUGUGUGGUGUCCUGGUUCUUCAAUGCGAAAGAGUGCUACAGUUACUUUCUCGUUUCAUGCAGGCCAGAGUACAAAAGGGAAGUGAUCAUGGAGUCAAAGCACAAGGGGAGGGCUGGCUUCUUACUGUUGCCUUGCUUGAGGGAAGUAAUUUGGCAGCUGUUUCUUCAAGUGGCUUCUGUGAUCCAUAUGUGGUAUUCACCUGUAAUGGACAAACUAGAACAAGCUCAAUUAGGUUCCAGAAAUCUGAUCCUCUGUGGAAUGAAAUAUUUGAAUUUGAUGCAAUGGAUGAACCUCCUUCUGUUCUGGACGUGGAAGUUUAUGAUUUUGAUGGGCCUUAUGAUGACAUAACGUCUUUGGGACAUACUGAAAUUAAUUUUGUGAAAUCAAAUGUAUCAGAUCUUUCUGAUGUGUGGAUUCCUCUACGAGGAAAGUUAGCACAAGCAUGUCAGUCGAAGCUGCACCUUAGAAUUUUCUUGAAUAAUACAAGAGGCAAUAAUGUUGUUCAAGAGUACUUGAAUAAGAUGGAGAAAGAGGUGGGGAAGAAGAUAACCUUGCGCUCUCCACAAACAAAUUCAGCCUUUCAAAAGCUUUUUGGACUUCCAUCAGAAGAAUUUCUCAUCAAUGAUUUUACCUGUCAACUAAAGCGAAAAAUGCUCUUGCAGGGUCGUCUAUUUCUGUCAGCAAGAAUAAUUGGGUUCCAUGCAAAUUUGUUUAGGCAGAAGACUAAAUUUUUCUUCCUUUGGGAGGAUAUAGAAGAUAUCCAAGUUUAUUCUCCUACAUUAUCAUCAAUAGGCAGUCCAACUAUUGUUAUUACUCUUCGGCUAGGCAGAGGUAUGGAUGCCAGACAUGGGGCAAAGACACAAGAUGAAGAUGGGAGGCUGAAAUUCCAUUUCCAGUCCUUUGUAUCUUUCAACGUAGCACAUAGGACAAUCAUGGCUUUAUGGAAGGCUAGAGCAUUGACUCCUGAACAAACGGCGGAAAUAGUUGAAGAGGAAUCAGAAGCUAAAAUCCUCCAAACUGAAGAAUCCUUAUUUGGGCUUGAGGACGUCAACCUAUCUGAGGUUUAUUCUUCUGGUGUCUCUGUCCCAACCAAUUUCUUAAUGGAGCUGUUCAAUGGGGGUGAGUUGGAACGAAAAGCAAUGGAGAAAGCUGGUUGUCUUAACUAUUCUUACACCCCAUGGGAAUUGGAGAAGGAUGAUGUGUAUGAGAGGCAAAUUUAUUACAGAUUCGAUCAGCAAAUCUCUCGUUAUAGAGGAGAGGCGACAAGUACACAGCAGAAAUACCCUCUAUCUGAUAGUAAAGGCUGGCUUGUGGAAGAGGUUAUGACUCUCCAUGGAGUUCCACUUGGUGACAAUUUUAAUCAGCUGCAGUUGAGAUACCAAGUUGAGGAUGUGCCCUCCAAACCGAGAGGAUGUCAUGUACACGUAUUCAUCGGAAUUGCAUGGCAGAAGAGGACUAAACAUCAGAAAAGGAUUACAAAGAACAUUAUCUCAAAUUUGGAAGAUCGGCUGAAGAUGGUUUUUAGUGUUGUUGAGAGGGAAUUUUUGAACAGAUAGGAAUGUGCACUGCUGUGAUGUUAACAUUGUGGUCUUCAAGGAUUAGGGCAGGUUGAUUAUCCAGCUACUGCUUUUCUACAACAAAAAUAUUCUGUGGCUAUUUUCUUCAGAAAGUCCUCGCUCAUGUUAGGUUGACAUUUCUUGGUAUCCACAUGUUCCUUCAAGAAUUAUUUUUCAUAGCUGUUGUGGCUGUAAUUUAUCAGAGAAACCCUAAAUUUUGUUUUAACUCUCAAAUGGGGGAAAAUGUAGCCGGACGAGUUGAACAUGAGGAGAUUAGUUUCUUCUUUCCUUGCUAGUGGAGAUUGCAAGCCUGUCUCCGAAAGGGUUUGUAAAUAACUGUAUGCUUUGAGUACUAGGCAAGGUGUAGUACAACCGUAAUCAAAUCAUUACGGCCUGCCAAAAGUACAUUGGAUUAAGUAGAGAUUCCAUUUAUUACAAAA